GCCUUUUUAUUAUCUCAUCCCAGGGAGCGAAGAACUGCUUCCCAUGACUUUCCACGGGUCAAUCGAGCGUCGGAAUCCUGUAGAAGAAGAAUCGCUCCAAUUUUGUGUAGUUUCAUUUUUUAUAGUGUUUUUAUUCGAGUGUUUCAGUCGACGUUACGUUCUUCAGGGCAAAAUUCACGCUCCUUGAUUUACUGCAGCAAAUGGUGUAGAACGACCCAAUCAGGGCAAAAGGACACGAAGGGUAUCUGAGUUCGAAAGGUCAAAUUGGAGAGAUAGGGAGAGUGGGAAGGGACACUCAGAGAGUGAGUGGAGAGGGCCACCCAGAGGAAGGGACAUCUUAUGCCUAAGGGGAACACAGAAGAAAAGCAGGAGGGAAACCAACCAUGGCGGGGGCGAACAAAAGGACCACCUGUGCCUUGGCAACGGUGGCCAUCAUCUUCAUCAUAGUGAUCAUCAUCUUGUGCCUGGUGCCCGACCCUUGUCGCAGACACGACCCGCGCCCAGAAUGUAAGGAACCAAAACAUUCGCCCUUUGGAGGUAACGUCACACGUCAGCAAACAACUGCCACAGUCACUCCUUCAACAACAGCGACAACCACAUCAUUGUCAAGGAAGGAAACAGAAUCCUCUUCAACGUCCCAACAUCCACCAUCAUCGACCUCAACAUCUUCAGUGGAAACAACAAUUACAUCCUCAACAACUUCAACUACAUCAACUUGGUCAACUGAGGAAUCACUACUCGACACAAAUACUACUACUGAAUACUCUACUUACACUACAGAAUCGAGUCUCUUUACCGAUGAUGACAGCAGUACAACAUCAGUGUCUGACAUAACUGACACUACAAAUGUAUUUGAAACUUUUGAAAAUGAAACUACCACAACAGAUUCAACCAACAGGACGACUGAGUUUGAGAGAGAAAGUACAACUGAUGAGGAUUAUUGGGAUUACUACAAUGACAAUACAACUGAUAUUAUAUCAACCACUCUUGAUGUAAAUGAGACAGAAAAUGCAACAGAGAUCUCUACUACAGUAUCUGUUGAGGCCACAAAUGUGACAGAAAUUUCUACAACAGAAACUCUUGAGACAGAAGAUACAACAGAAAUGUCUACUACAGUAACUACUGAGACAACAACAGAAUCUACAACUGAAGUCCAAUCUUAUCUUGAAGUUACUCGUACAACAGUAGAAUCUGCAGGAGUCUGCGACACACCUGUCUGUAAAGAAGUGGCAAGGAGGAUGUUAGACAUCAUGGAUCCAAGAGAUAUUGACCCCUGUGAUGACUUCUACCAAUAUGCUUGUGGAGGGAUACUGGACGACCCAUUCUUGAAACCAGAGAAUCCGCAGGUUUUCGCUGAUAUCAUCAUGAAAGAGGCACUGACCUAUGGUGACAGGGAGGAUGAAGAACUGAAGGACCUUUACGUCAUGUAUGACUCUUGUUUGAAUUACAGUAGCGUCAACAAUUCUCAACGUCUCAUUCAAGUCAAGAAAGUCUUCGAGGAACUUGGAUAUCAGUUUAACCCAAUGACUAAUACCCUUUAUAAAAGAGCAAACCCCGGCCAACCAGAAGAAUUUGACCUCGGGAAAGCACUGGCUGAAAUGAUGAAGAGACACUUUGCACCAUUCUUUGACAUCAUUAUUGACGUUAGUAAUCACAACAAGUCUGAGUUUAGUUUAAAGAUGGUUCUGCCAUCAUUCACAUCACCCUUCACGAAUGACAGAGCCAAGUUUGUCUGCUUUGCUGCAUAUAAGAAGAAAGCAGAAGAGGCAAAACUGGAAGGGAUUCCUUUUGACGUCAAUUUACACUACGAAGAUUACGCAAAUUGCACGAAGCUGGGAUUUGGUUUGCAAGUUAGAAUGCAGCACAUAGAAAGGAGUAUUAAGGAGCUUAACCUUCUUGGCUUCAUUGAAAAUUCUACCAUACGUGAACAAGUGAAGAGCGAAGCCAGGCAGGAGCUUGAUAUUAUGCUGGGGAAGUUUGCAAAGGUGACUCCGUCUAUACCUGAGAUCAGGAAGACAGUCCUCAACAAAGAGUAUGAUGAAUUCUCGCUGACCGAGAUUGAUGAAGGAAAGGCCUUUGGAGAGAUGCCAUUCAAAAUGCAAAAGUUUAUUGAAACUCUACUGGGAUAUAAAAUAAGCAAUCCAGAGCAAUUCAAAAUACAAGUCUACUUCACGGAUGUAUUCGCGAAGCUGUUUGGAAUCAUUUAUGACAUGUACGACGGUCAAGAACCACUCAUGCAAAACAUUGUGUUGUUACUGUGGAUGGAACACUUAUACGACGACUUGGUCAGUCCACUUGGUAAACCAGCUGGAAGUUCAGACUACUGUUUCAACGGAGUUACCAACCUUAUGGAUGACUAUGUUUCAAUCCUCUACCUCAAGAAUCUGCCAGAAAGAAAUAUACUGGAGAAUCAGAUGAACCACAUGAUUAACCUCACAUUGGAGAUUAUGGAAGCCCAGGUAGGAAGCUCAGCGCUGAGGUCCCGCCAUGAUUUCAUGGAAAAGCUGGAAAAGAUGACUGGAGAAAUUGCUACCCUAGAGGAAGCCAAAACUGCACUUCAGAAGAAUAAGAAUGAUGUCAAGAUGGAUUUAACUGAGAAUGACUUCCUUGGGAACUAUGUGAAUCUCAUGAAAAACUACAGGGAAAGACUCUACAACACCUUCAAAGAGGAAACAAGUGACAACAGAGCACUGUGGAGUUUCCUGCAGUUCCCAUACAGAAACACAGGAGUUACAUCUUAUGGUCUCAAUAAAUUCUUAAUUCCACAUGGAGCUAUGUCACCACCAUACUUCUAUGAGGGUGCCCCUGCCUACAUCAAUUAUGCUGGAAUAGGACACAUGAUCGCCCACGAGCUCUUGCAUGGCUUUGACACCACAGGGAUGAAAUUCAAUGGUGCACAGAAACUGGAGAUGAAAAGAGACAAAAACCUGAUUGAAACUAGUGAGUGUCUGGCAGAGAAGCUCUCAUACAUGUUCCACAUGAAUAGCUCAACUGGAUUCCAGUACAAUUUCAAACUUGAUGCAAGCCUGAACCUCGACGAGCUACUAGCAGAUUUAGCAGCAACAAACCUGGCAUGGGAUACAUACAUUAAAGGUCUAAUGAACCAGCAUACACAGUCCUUGUCAUCAACAACAGUUUCCCCACGAUUCAGAACUGCUGAGAUCUUAUCUGCUGACAGUGGAAUGACUACUACCCUUUACGAUCAAGCACUUCCUCACUGGGAAAAUAAACAUAUUCUACGGACAUAUUUCAUCAAAACUGCCCAGAACCAGUGCAGUUCUUCAAGUGAGAUAGAUAUCCUCAGGGUCAUGGAAAAUGAACAUCUCCCACCUAAAUUAAGAGUGAAUCUAGGGGUGAAAAACAACAAACUUUUCAUGGAGGCCUUCAACUGCCCUAGUAAGCCAGAUCACAUGAGGAUGCCCGAAGAUGACAUCUGCUAUUUCAGUCCAAUGGGGCAUAAUUAGCAAUGCAGAGAAAAGAAGACAAAACAUUUCUACUAGAGUUUGACAGGAACCAGGAACUAAACCAUGUAAAGAGUCUGUGAUGGUGAAUGUGUGGACUCUCAGUAAUGUCUGAACACUGGAUACCCUACAAGACUUAUUCUUAGAAAUGAUUAUGUAUUUUUAUUUCCAUUCCAAGGGAUUGGUCUGUACAGUAUCACUUUAAGCAAGUUAUGUGUGUGUUGGUGUGUGCAAACUCAAUAUAUUACUGUUCUGCAUAGCAAAUACAUGAAUUAAAGUAGUACACUGUUGAACAUAUAUAAUAAAACAAGUUUGCUUAAAAAUAAGAACACAGAUAAUACAGGACAACUUAAUUCUAUGUGCAACAAUAAUGUACAUACCCAUCUUUUGUGUCAUUUAAUACAUAAGGUACAAAUAGUCUAUGUGUCAGGGCUCACUGCUAUUAUACAGUAAAAACAAAGGAGUCGAGUCCCCAAGAUACCAAUAAUUACAUUCUUUGUCAAAUAUUAAGAAAUACUACAGCAUUACAGUACGUAUAAUUUUACAUAAUAACUCUCAUUACCAUACUUCCCUAAUAACUUUGUGGAGUAUCUUAUAUGGAUGAGAUGGUCAUGAAUGGGUAAUAGUAUUUAAAAGGUACAACUGAGACUGGGUCAUAUAUUGUAAAAACAGUUGUGUUGUUUAUGAAUUUUUGUCACUUCAUUAUGACAUUUUUUAUUCAUACAAAUGAUUCAGCCUUAUGUAUGAUAUUUUUAUGACAAAUUUUUAAUUGGUGACAAGAACUGCAUGGUAUUGUACAUGAAGUUUAAGAAGGUUGGUACUUAUUUUUUUUAAAAAUAGUGUAGUAAUCAGGUAUAUGGAAAACAAUGGAUUGAGUAAUUAAACAGAAAAAAUUGCAA